GACAUCCGGGACCCACAAACCAUCCCCAUACCUCCCCCUCCCCGCCCUCCCCCGACCCAAGCAGCAGCCAGCAGGUAGAGCCGUAGAGGCAUUGGAUCCACGUGCGGAUUCACGCGCGCAACCGGAAACUGGUACUCCGACCCACCAAAAGCAGCGACCAUUAGUUCCCCCCUCCUUUUUAUUAAUUCCCUGGUUUAAACCAAGCAGCAAAUUCUUGCCGUAGAAAUUAGAACUCCCAACAGAAAUAGGUGCGUCAUCGCGUUCUUGUAAUCUAGUAAAAGUCUUCCAUUUUUCUGUGAUCCUUCCCCUUCUCCCGCAUCGAUCGUCUCUCAAGAACAGAGGGUAGAAUCACAGGUAGAAAGAAACAAGAACUGAAUUAGCCAGUGGUAAUUCCGGCCUGGCAGCUGAAUCGUGACUCAAUUCCUGACGAAUUUCUCGUGGAUUCCGUGGAGAAAAAGUGUGACCUUUCCGAUGCAGUACAACCACCGCAGCCGCUUGCCGCCGCCGCCGCUGCCGUUCGGCCGCGGAGGGCAUCCUCGCGGCCCCAAGCAGCCAUGCUACGCUCCGCUUCCUCCGCCACCGUUUCCUCCGGCGCCGCCGCCGCCGCCGCCGUCGCUAGAGCGCAAGUACGAGGUGCUUAUGGAGGCCGGUCGCCUCGCCACCGAGUAUCUGGUCGCCCAGGGCGUGCUCCCCCCGGCCGCUCUGCAGCGCGGCGCCGGCAUCUCUGGCGCGUGGCCUGAUCAUCCUCUUCCUCCGCCACCGCAGCUGCAACAGCAGGAACCCCGGGGGGGUUAUGGCCGGAGGCGGUACAAAGAUGAAUACAACAAUAAUCCUAGGCGAGCCAAUGACACUAGUAGUAGCACCAGUAGCAGAGAUGAUUGCAGCCGUGGCAGCUACAAUGGAAGAGGGAAGAUGAAGUAUGGGAAAUACAGGAGGGGGUAUUUGGAUUCAGGGAGGGACAGGGAGAAGGAGAGGAGAAGGCCAUUUCCAAAUGGCCGGCGCUACGAGGAGGAUAAGGAUGAAGAUGGGGCACCUGGGUUUCGGAGGGAGCGACACGGCAAUCGGGGGAGUGAUGAGGUGAGGCCUCAUGAUACAGAGGCACUGAGGGAAGGGACACCAUUGACAGCGAAGGCUGUAGAAGGGUUCUGCAUGGAGGAUGCAACGUCAAAGAUUAUGAGCUCUUUCAAAGAUACUAUUAAGGAUUCUAAUGAUGCGCCAAAGGUGCCGGAGGAGACUGAGGAAGGCGAGGUGGAGGAUGACAGGGAGACGCAGAAUUCAGAAACUGAGGUAGUGAAGCAAGGGAUAGAUACCGAUGUAAAUCAUGCUUCUUGUUAUGUUAUUACAGAGUCAAAUCCCAACCAGUUAUCAGAUGGUAAGAUUCAAGAUGAGAUUCCUGACGAGGAAGCUGAAGAUGACAAAAAAGUUAUGGAUGAGGCUACUUUGGAUCACAACACUUGUGAUGGUGAGGUGACAAAUAUGGAAGUUGAGAUGCACGUUGGUAAGGAGAGUUUGAUUGACUAUUGUAACUUCACGAGAACCCCAACAAGGCCUAGGUCAGCACGUGCACACAGAAAUGCAGCAUCUAUCCCAGGAGAACCUGCAGUAGUUGAAACAUUUGAUUUAGUUUCUUCUGGUCAAGCUUCACAUAUGGUAAGCGCUGAAUCUGCUGAGAGAUUUUUUACUAAAAUUGUGUCAGAAAACACAGAAGAUAAAUUUUGCCAAGAAAACACUAGCUCUGGUGAUGUCCGUGCUCCACCAAAGGAGCUGAUGCUUCUUCAAGAAAAUGGAAUAACAGUUGUGACUGAAAACAUGGCAGAAGAUAAUGUUGAUGCAGAACCACAUGUGGUCGUCCAGCAAUAUAAGGAAGAAACUAACCUAUCUCCGUUAACAGAUGCCCUCGAGAAGAGCUUGAGGCAGGAAAUCACAUUAUCUCCAUUUGCAGCUUCUCACAAGGAUAGCUUGAUGCAAGAGGGUGGCUUGAUGCAAGAAGUUGAUUUAUCUCCGUUGACAGCUAAUCACAGGGAGAGCUUCACUGAAGAAACCGAAUUGCCACCAUCAACAGCUUCUCACAAGGACAGCUUGAUUGAGGGAACUGACUUAACUCAGACAAUAUCUUCUUAUAAUAAUAACUUGAAAUUGCAAUUUAAGGAAGGAACACAGGUAUGCGAUAUUGAUAUGCUGCCACAAGAUGUGAACCUCAUUGAGUUGCCCGAUCAAAGGAAAAUCAUUGGUCGUGAUGUUGGUGCUAAAGCUGUCACCGGAAUGGAAGAAGGAAAGCUGGAUCAAUCUAGCUCACUAAAUCUAUCGGAUGUUGACCUAGUUGGUGGUACAGAGGUUGCCGCUAUACACAAUAAUCCAGUGUUGGUCCAGCUGUCUGCAGCUGGAUCUUCCACAGAGUCAAAUAAUAAACAGCAACAAGAUCCUGAAACUUUUACAGGUGCCAAUGCCAGUCCUACAGAUGAUUUAUGCCAGCUUCCAUUAGAUAAUAAGGAUGUUCAGGUAGUUAAUAUAGAAUGUGGCACACCAGUUGAAGUUGGUGGAUUUGGUUUGUCAAAAUCAAUACACAAUAAUCCAGUGUUGGUCCAGAUGUCUGUAGCUGGAUCUUCUGCAGAGUUAAUUAAUAAACAGCAAGAAGAUCCUGAAACUUUUACAGGUGCCAAUGCUAAUCCUACAGAUGAUUUAUGCCAGCUUCCAUUAGACAAUAAGGAUGUUCAAGUAAUUGACAUAGAAUGUGGCACACCAGUUGAAGUUGGUGGAUUUGAUUUGUCAAAGUCAAAUGUCAUGGCAUUUCAGCUAAAAGUUAUACAAUUUGAUUCAACCAGAAAUAAGAUGGUAUGCUCUAGCAUGGAUAGCAUCAUGGACCCUGGCGAUGGAAUACAUACGGAUGUUAUUCCUGUUGUUCAAGAUGGCUACAGCCUUGCAUUUUCAGAUUUUCUCAGUUCUGAUAUACCAUGCUACCCGUCAAUGCAAUCAGAUCUUCAUGCUGGAAUAAGUGCCAACGACUCAGAGGGUAUUACCGUUAUGGAUGAUCCUAUAUAUGGGUCUCUCGCUGAUAUUGGUUUCAUGGACAUGUGGGGGCAGCCCACUCAAGACUACGACAAAUUCUUCUAGGCUGCCGCCGAAGGCCCAAGUUCAUGAAUUUGACAAGGAAAAUUAGUUGAGUUAGCUCAGUACAGGCGACAAUAAAUAGAUCGGGUUAUAUCAGAUAAAUUAGUUGAGUUUAGCAGCAAGAUCGGCCGGGCCAAUGCAGCCCGCCUCUCCGACUUGUCCUCGGACAGAAGGUUUGGAUUGGAUGGAGCCACCCGUUGGCCCGUGACCGUCCUGGCCGCGGCGCAAGGUCGCAGCCGCCAUGCCCAAUAAGGCCUUAGUUCGGUUUGAGAUGGAUUAAAGAGAUCCACCUCUAACCGAACAAGCCGACAUGGAGGAAAGUCCUAAGCCGACAUGGCGACACAGCCGCAGGAUUUACGGUGCCUCGUCUCAUCUGCCACCGUCUUCGUCCGGCCCUAGCCCCUAGCACAGCACGUAGCCGGACUUGUGUCCACCAAAGCAUCAGUUGUAAUUAGUUGCAGUCCAUGAUAAUUCUUAAUCCCGUUGUUAGCCCGACUGUGGAGAUAAUUUGCAAUAGUUGACCACCUGAUUUGUUCAUGACAGCAGUUUAAAACUGGAUUAACGUAGACAUAGGCGCUACUAGAUGACGGACAUGCGUAAAAGGUGCGUUUUGCAGUACUUGUUGCCUAUGAAUCCCGUGAAAACAGACAUCGCUUUUUUCUCGCGACAAAAGAAUCAAGAGAUGUCACCUUUCA